AUGAAGAAAACCUCAUCUGACCAGCAGUCUUCUUUUACAGAUCGAAUACGCUCAUGGGCUAGAACAACUGCGCAUGGAGGUGGAAGGCGACCCGAACCCGCUCUUCCCUUAACGAAUCCGUCGACCUCGGCCUCGGCCUCUGUACAAGAGAAAUAUGCCAGCCGUAGUGGUUCCAACAGCGACCCGGCUGCUCUCAGCAGCGUCAAUCAGCCAGGUGCCGGUGGUCUACCGGAUACCGACAAUGCCAACAAGCCAGCUGGCGCGGCAUCUGAAGCUGAGGGGUCGGGGGCUGUCGUAGAACAGAUUGGUGAUCAGAAGAAGAACAAGCCCAAUGUCGCCAUGCGAUUUUGGAUCAAUACCAAAAAGACCAUGAUGCAUAGCUGGAUCAAUGUGCUCCUCGUGUUUGUGCCCGUCGGUAUUGUCGUUGCGCAAAUCAAGGGCAUACACCCGGGCAUCGUCUUUGGAAUGAACGCCAUCGCCAUCAUCCCCCUGGCUGGCCUUUUGUCCCAUGCUACCGAGUCCGUUGCACGAAAGCUCGGCGAUGCGAUUGGUGCUCUUCUCAAUGUUACCUUCGGUAACGCUGUCGAGUUGAUCAUCUUCAUCAUUGCCUUGGUGAAGGGCGAGAUUCGCAUUGUCCAGGCCUCGUUGCUGGGUUCCAUCCUGGCGAAUCUGCUCCUGAUUCUCGGUAUGGCUUUCUUCCUUGGUGGCCUCCGAUUCCGUGAGCAGAUCUACAAUAGCACUGUCACCCAGAUGAGCGCCUGUCUCCUCAGUUUGAGUGUCAUUAGUCUGGUUCUGCCAACCGCCUUUCACGCGUCGUUCGACAAGGAGGACCUGGCAGAUGAGCGUUCGCUUCAGAUCAGCCGUGGCACCAGUGUCAUCUUGCUGCUAGUCUACAUCGUCUAUCUGCUGUUCCAGCUCAAGUCGCACGCAUACAUGUACGAGUCGACCCCGCAGCACAUCAUUGACGAAGAAUCCACCCCCGGUCCAGCCGCUGCUUGGCUCGAUACCUCUAGUUCAGAAUCGAGUUCUUCGUCAGACUCGGACAGCGACGGCUCAAGUCAUUCCAGCAACACUGUUUCCAAGCGUGUCAGGAGGGCUAUCCGUGCCCGACGCCGCAGAAAGUCCAGUGUUGCUUCUGUUGAUACCGAUGCCAAAACGGCGUCUCUUGGCACUGGCAACACCAGCCCGUUGGUUGAAGGAUCCAAGUCUGGCGACUCCAGUACCCCGGGUUUCUUCCCCCGGCCUACUACGCGGGGAAGCGACGAGGUCAUUGAGGAGGAGCCUCCUAAACGCCAUGGCAAGAGGAAGCAUAAGCACUCGAAACGCAAGCAUCACAGACGCAGAACCAAUUCUACCCCUCUAGACAACGAAAACAACGAGACUGUCACCUCGCCCACCGAGAACGUAGCAGGCCUUGCUGUUGGUAGUAUCCUUGCAAAUGACCAUAGUAACGGCGAACCUCGCCGCGUCGACUUUGCGGACACUGUCGCAAGUCUCGACGGCAACGGUGACACGUCGCAUUCUGCGACCAAGCGCCCCUUCAACAACCUGCGUGGCUUUUCGUUCCGACCCGUCAAAAACAUCGCACCCCCUGUUUUCAGCCAGUCGCUUGAGGUCAACCCGCCAGCUCCCAAGGCCGGCCAAGUGCCCCGGGUCCGAUAUGGUAUCCGCCGCACCAACUCGCUGCCUGGCCGUCUCAACCAGUACCAGUAUCGACCACCGGGAGCCAUGAUGCCGGCCCAGAUCCCGCCCUCUGCUGCGAACGAGAUUGACCCGGCAUCAGAAGAAGCUCACGAGGAUGAUCUCUCCCGAAAUGCUGCUGUAGUCAUGCUCCUCAUGUCCACCGCCCUCGUCGCCGUUUGUGCCGAGUUCAUGGUUGACUCGAUCAAGGAUGUGGUUGAGACCACCGGGAUUGGCGAGACGUUUAUCGGUCUCAUCAUUCUGCCCAUUGUCGGCAAUGCUGCAGAGCACGUGACCGCCAUCACCGUCGCGAUGAAGAACAAAAUGGAUCUCGCCAUAGGUGUAGCCGUGGGCAGUUCUAUUCAGAUUGCUCUCUUUGUCACGCCUCUGGUGGUUAUCUUGGGAUGGAUCCUGAACCAGGCCAUGACGCUGUACUUUACCCUGUUUGAGACGGUAUCGUUGUUUGUCUCGACCUUCAUCGUCAACUUCCUCGUCCUGGAUGGUAGGAGCAACUAUCUGGAAGGUGCUUUGCUCUGCGCCACAUACGUUAUCAUUGCCGUGGCGGCCUAUUUCUACCCUCCAGAGGACCAAGCUAGCAAAUGGGGUAGUUAA